CGGUUUCAGUUGACAGGUGCAGGCAUCCCGACGUCUUCCUUAUCCGUACAAUCCCAAAUCUCUCCGGUCCCUCUCCUCUCUAUAUAACCUCAUCUCCCGCAAGAUCAUCUGCACCAACGGAUCAUCGAAACAGCACUAAAGAACAUUUCCUCAAUUUCCAGUCGGUUCAAUUCAAUCAGUUCAAGAAAAGCAAAUGAGUUCAAGUAGCAGAGCUUGCGUGGUCGCGGCUAGCGUGGCGGUGGUGGAGGCCCUCAAAGACCAGGGGAUCUGCCGGUGGAACUACCCCAUCAGGUGCGCUUACCAGGGCGCCAAGAGCCGGGCGAGGUCCUUCUCCCAGGCCAAGAACCUGUCGCCUCAGUCUUCUUCCUCGAUGGGUUCGGGCAAGAUCAUGGAAGAGGGGAGGGAGAGGAUGAUGCAGUCGGAGGAGUCUCUUAGGAAAGUCAUGUACUUGAGCUGCUGGGGCCCUAAUUAGAAGCUCAAUCCAGCCUCCUGGGGCUUGAUAUCACGGAUGAGAUUAUCCGAUGUACAUUGUAAUUAGAUUCCUCGAAAUUGAAAUACAGAAAAAAAAGAUGAAAUUUUUCUCAGCAAUUUUUACUCUGUUCACCAGAAGAAGACAUGGCCAACAGUAUUAGCUGAUCUACACUACUAUUAAGAGAAGGGGGAUUCCAAAUAAGAUACAAUUUCUCAAAAA